AUGUAUGUGCGAAUGCACACCAAUUCUGUCCAACAAUGCAAUUCCGCUUACUUUUUCAAACAUAAAAAAUUGAAGAGAAUGGAAAGUAUAAGAAGCAUUACAGAAGCAGUAAUUUCCACUAUUUUAAAAAACGAAGGGUUUACUGCAGUAGACAACAAAGCACUUGAUCUGUUCACUACAUCCAUCCUUAAUUAUACGGUAUACACAAGUGCCUGGUUAAAGAAGCAGUGCGAACUAAGCAGAAGAACUUCUCCUACACUAGUAGAUGCAUCCUGCCUCAUGCAGGAAAUAAACACAACUGCGAAACAACACGAUAAAUCCUCUCUAGUGGAAAUACUAGACAAAUUCAACAGCGACCCCCUUGCACAGCUAGAGAUAGAAGAGGAAGUAUCCUCAGAUACCGAUCACGAAUUUAUAAGUGAAGCCUGCGCACAAGUAGAGUACCCACAGAACUACUAUGAUUUCCUGCCUAAACUGCCACCUGCACAUACGUUUAAAAACAGUGCAAUAAAGCGUAAAAUAACUGAUGACAGAGCCCAGAAAGCUAGGAUUAGAAAUGAACAGAUAAAACAAGUCGUAGAAAACCUUUUUAGUAUAAUGGUAAAAAACAAGAAAUCCCCUGGCUAUGCGAAUUAUCUGAUGUAAAUUAAAUCCUGCAUAACCAGCAAGAAAUUAAAAUA